AUGGUCCCCAGCUGGCUUCUGCUUCUGGCGAUGGCUCUGCCCCCAGGUGCCACGGGCGCCAAGGACUGUGUGUUCUGUGAGCUGACCGACUCCACGCAGUGCCCCGGGACCCACAUGCGCUGUGGCGAAGACGAGGACUGUUUCACGGGCCAGGGGGUGGCCCCGGGGCUCGGCCUCAUCAUCAACAAAGGCUGCGUGCAGUCCACUUCCUGCGGCCACGAGGAGCCCGUCACCUACAUGGGCGUCACCUACACCCUCACCACCACCUGCUGCUCCGGCCACAUGUGUAACAGGGCCCCCGGUCCCAAAAGCGGCCCGCUGGAAGGGGUCACCGCCGCCGGCCUGGCGCUGGGCCUGCUGCUGUUCCCACAUUUGCUGUGACCGACCUGAAGGGCAGGGCCUGGGACUGGUCUCCCGGCCUCGCUGCUCCCCGAGCCUCCUGCCUCCACCCCUCCCCCUCAUUAAAUGGCCAGAGGCCCUGGACAACCUCUCGUGGCCCCGGCCUCAUCCGUUCUAGGGCCGUCCACCCGGACCCGGGGGCUCGGCGAAGCGUCCUCAGACCUGAUUUGGUGGCGGGGAGCCACGCUCGGUGGGUUUGACUUGUCCCCCUACUGUAUUUCAUUGGCUCUAAGACGCAUCUCUUUUCGCGUUUUGAUCAAGAUGCUGCUUUUCAUCGGUGGCACCUUAGAGUCGAUGAAAUAGGGUUAAGAACAAAACAAAACGAAACGAAACCAAAAAACCCCCGAAUAACGACAAUAAUAAAUGACAGCUGAUGUUUACGGAAGGCGGCUGAUGUGACGUGCCAAGGCACUGUGAUCUCGUUGAAUCCCCCCGGGCCAAGCCGGGAGGGUAGAUUCUUUCCGAAAGGUCCCAGUCUCCACGGCGGCGGGUCCCAGAAUGGGUUCCUCGAACGGGCAGCAUGGGUAAUCAGCGGGAGGAGCUUGCCAGGAAUGCUGCUUCUCAGGUCCCAUCCCAGGCCGGCUGAAUGGGGGCGGGGCCCCGAGAUCCGCGUUUUGAUUCCGCCGCAGGCAGGCCCAAGAUUGAAAACCGCUAGCCUAGGCCAAUGGUCACCGACCGCGCAUGUCUGCCCGUCCCCCCCCCCCCCUCAAGGGGGCACCGGGCAAUGUCCGGAGACACUUUGGCUUCUCAUAGUAGGGCAGAGUGGGUGCUAUGGUCGUCUACUGGGGAGACACCAGAGAUUCAGUUCAGCUGGCCCGCACGUGAGCACCGUCUCUGUCGAGAAGAAACCCUGCUCCACGGGCCCUAACCACAUCAUCCCGCUGUGCAGCGGGGGAAACGCGAGCACAGAGAGGUGAAGUCCGUUGCCCAAAGUCACACAGCGAGUAGCUGGUGGAGCUACUGUUUGAACCCAGGCCCUCUGACCCGAGAGUCCCUGCACCCCGCACCCUCCCCGAAGUGUGACCCUCGGAGGUA